AUGAUAUCAAGAAUUGGCCUCAGCACACCAACAAAGGCGUUGUCCCUCAGUUCUAGAAGAGUCAUUGGCUGUACAUCAAGGAUUGCAUUAUCAAGGUGUUAUGCCACUAAAAAAGCUACAAUCUAUGAUCAAAGCACUGGCCAAACAAUCGAGUUAGCUGACCCAGAACACCCUGAAUUGGCUGAUUUUAAAAACCCACCAUUUGUCUUGAAGCAAUACUUAGAUCCAUAUGCCAAAUACGACGAUCCGCAGAAUAGAAGAAACAAGAACGACCCAAUGCACAUUGACGAGGAUAUGUUGGAUAUGUGGUCACCAGAUUACUAUGAUCAUGUAUCUGAUAGCACUGCUUUGAAACACAAUGCCAUCUUUUUUGGUUUGAUAUUUGGGAUUUCAGCUGUAAUUGCCUACUUCCAAUUAUACCCAGAAAAACCAGCCAUGAUUAGAUCGUUCCCAUAUAACGGUUUGGCUGAUGCUUUAGGGGCUACAUCAGAAGAGACCGCACCAUUCUAUCAAAACAAACCGGAUUUAACUGCUGAAAAGGAAUGUGGUAUUUUACCUGCUGAUAAUGAUAUCACCAAUAAUCAAACUGCCUAUGAAAAAGAGAACGCAGAAUUCAUAAAAUCCGGUACUGCCUAA